CCGCCUUUCACCUUGUUUUGAAUGCCGAAUCGUCGCCACAACCGCCCGACGAAACGCCCACACGGCACUCCUCAUGGAUCCUGCGUGGUUGGACGUGAUCUUUGGCACCGUGUUUCUCGAUAUUGCGAGCUUUAUGGACGGAAAGCCAGCCAAGGACUGGACCGACGCCUACGCGAUCCUCAAAGCUGGUCACGUGCAGCUCUUGUACCAGCAAGACGUGCUCAUCACCACGGCCACCCUGACGGCGGCUGCAGAUGACGGACGACUAGAUCUUGUCAAGUGGAUAUGCUCUGUCGACAACAACACGUGGGCGUCCCUGUCUGGUGCAGAUAGAUAUGGCCACGGGCAAGACUGCAUUCUGACCAUCCAAGGCUCUGCCAUGAUUCGGUGUGCGUGCCAGGCCAUGACCGCAGCCGCUCGGUCAGGACAUUUGAACAUUGUAAAGUACCUUUACGCCACGAUAGCAUGCAUUGACGUAGUGUCAGCUAUUCAGACAGCUGCAGAUACCGAGCAUUAUGAAGUCGCAAUGUGGCUGGAGCGCCAAGUUGACAAUCAAAAGACAAAUACCAGGGACAAGCAGCAGCUGCAGCAGCAUUCCCAUCUGACGAGCGGUUGAGAAGUCGUCGCAUCCUGUAGACAUCCGCGCCAUUGAAUGUCAU